UUCCGUGUACUAAGGAGUUCCUCAAUGUUUUUGUUUAUGUUAUUCAUUAAAUUUUAAAUUUUAAAGAAAUGUCAAUUUUAUGUAGGCAGCAUAGUAUAAUGAAUUCAAAAAGAUUUGCAAUCAAGUUUUUGUUACUGGUUAUAUUUGUUCUUGUAUUGGAUUAUGUUGGAUUGUUUAAAAUAUUGUGCGAGUUGGAGUAUGAAUUGUUAUUUAAUUACCCGUCCGGUGGCUUCGAAAAAACGAUAGGUAAUGAUACAAUACAAUUCCGAAAUGAAAACCCAACAAAUUUCUACAACUACAGUUUUACACAUAAUCCAAAACAAACAUGUAACAUAUCUCCGUUUAUAACUUUUUUAAUAAAGUCAGCACCUGGAAAUAUAAAGCAACGUAAGGCCAUCCGUCGGACAUGGGGUUUCGAGGAACGCUUCUCUGACGUCAUUGUAAGACGAAUAUUUUUGAUUGGCUUAACAACAAACAGUUUGCAAGCAGAAAUUAAUGUUGAAGCAAAAAAUUACAACGAUAUUGUGCAAGCAGAUUUCAUCGAUGCUUAUUUUAAUAAUACCAUUAAAACCAUGAUGGGAAUGCGUUGGGCAAAGGAACAUUGUCAUAGUCAGUAUUAUAUGUUCGUUGAUGACGAUUAUUAUGUAUCACUAAAAAAUGUAUUACAAUUUUGUCGUAAUAAUGCAAAUAUAAACAAAGGUUAUGCUAGUAUUAACACAAUAGACCAGAAUGAAUUGGUAGAAUAUCUUUACGCUGGUUAUGUGAUACAAUCAAAACCACAAAGACAAAAAUUUAGUAAGUGGUAUAUAUCUUUAGAAGAAUACCCUUUUAAUAAAUGGCCUCCCUACGUAACCGCUGGAGCAUUUAUUUUAUCACAAAACACUCUAAAAAAACUAUAUGAUACUAGUCUGUAUACCAAACACUUUCGAUUUGAUGAUAUUUAUUUAGCUAUUGUAGCACUUAAAAGUGGAAUAAAAUUAACACAUUGUCAGGAAUUUUAUUUCCACAAACCAACUAGUGCCGAGAAAUAUCGUAAUUUAAUUGCUUCGCAUGAAUUUUCGGAUCCGUCUGAAUUGGAAGAAGUGUGGAACAAAAUGCGCUCAGCUGGCUAUGCAUAACAAUAUAUAAAUAUAUUAGUAUAUCCUUAUGGCACUAAAUUAUUCAAAUAUAA